AUGCCUGCUGUGGCUUCAGUUCCUAAAGAACUCUACCUCAGUUCUUCAUUAAAAGACCUCAAUAAGAAAACAGAAGUGAAACCAGAGAAAAUAAGCACUAGGAGUUAUGUACAGAGUGCCCUGAAGAUCUUUAAGACAGCAGAAGAAUGCAGAUUAGAUCGUGAUGAGGAAAAGGCCUAUGUACUAUACAUGAAAUAUGUGACUGUUUAUAACCUUAUCAAGAAAAGACCUGAUUUCAAGCAGCAGCAGGAAUACUUUCAUUCAAUUCUUGGACCGUCAAACAUCAAAAAGGCUAUUGAAGAAGCUGAAAGACUCUCUGAAAGCCUUAAACUCAGAUAUGAAGAAGCUGAAGUUCGUAAAAAGCUUGAAGAAAAGGACAGGCAAGAGGAAGAACAACUACAGCAACAGAAAAAGAAGGAAGUAGGAAGAGAAGAUGGUGGUAUGUCAGCUAAAAGUUCUUUGGACAGUGCAUUGGAUUCCAAAGAGAAAUCCCAAAAGAUCAAUGGUGAAAUGAGUGAAAAAAAUGAAUCAACAGAGAAAGGAUCAAUCACAGCAAAGGAAUUGUACACAAUGAUGAUGAAUAAAAAUGUCAGCUUGAUUAUCAUGGAUGCCCGAAGAUGGCAAGAUUACCAGAAUUCUCGUAUUUCAAAUUCCCUUAGUGUUCCUGAAGAAGCCAUCAGGCCAGGAGACACUACUAGUAGAAUUGAAGCAAACCUCCCAAAUGAUUCUAAAGAUAGAUGGAAGAUGAGAGGGAAUGUGGAUUAUGUGGUACUUCUUGACUGGUUUAGUUCUGCAAAAGAUUUACAGCUUGGAACAACUCUACGGAGUCUGAAAGAUGCACUUUUUAAGUGGGAAAGUAAAACUGUCCUGCGAAAUGAACCUUUAGUUUUAGAAGGAGGCUAUGAAAACUGGCUUCUUUGCUAUCCCCAGUACACAACAAAUGCUAAAAUCACUCCACCCCCACGAGGCAAGAAUGAAGAGGUGUCUAUCUCAUUGGAUUUUACUUACCCAUCUCUGGAAGAGCCGGUUCCGUCUAAAUCUACUGCUGGAGGGCUGCCUCCUCCGGUACAAGUAGAAGUAGAUGAAAAUAGAGAAUUAAAAGACGAGAGAUUGGGACCACUUAAUGUAUCAACUCCAGUUGAGCCAAUUGCUACUUCUAAAUCUGAUGUUUCACCUGCAGUACAGCCAGUGCCUAUUAUAAAGAGUAUUCCACAGAUUGAUCGUACUAAAAAGCCAACAAUAAAAUUAUCUGAUGAUCAGAAUAUAAAAUCUGAAAGUAUAGACCAGGAGCCUUCUCAGGAUGGAAAAGUUGUUCCUGAUCGUUCCACAAAGCCAGUAUUCGCUCCACAGGCCAUCACAUUAACAGAUGAAGAAAAGGCUCGUAUUCAUGCAGAAGCAGCUCUUUUAAUGGAGAAAAGCAAACAAGAGAAGGAACUUCGGGAAAGGCAACAAGAAGAACAGAAAGAGAAAUUGCGGAGGGACGAACAGGAGCAGAAAGCCAGAAAGAAACAAGAAAUGGAAGAAACUGAAAUCAAAGAGAAGGAACCAAAACCAACAGAAGAAGUAGAAAAGAGAGAAAGUGAACAAACCAAGAAAGAUGAUAAAGACUCCUCAGGAAAACUCACCAAAGAAAUGACAGGAGUGAAAAAACAAAGUAGAAGUGAACGUGAAAUUACUGCUGCCAAAACAUCUGUAGAAGACAGAGGGAAGAGAUGUCCAACCCCAGAAGUACAGAAAAAGUCAACUGAUGUGCCCCCAGCUUCUGUGACAGAAGAUUCAAGUUCAGGCAAGCCUGUUAAAAUUAAAGAACAAUCAGAAAGUGGAAUUCUAAAGACAGCAACUAUUAACGAAAAUACAGAGGAUGCUGAAAGAAAUAAAGCUCAGCGAGAACCUUUGACACGAGCUCGGAGUGAAGAAAUGGGGAGAAUUGUACCUGGACUACCUUUAGGCUGGGCUAAGUUUCUUGAUCCAAUUACUGGAACAUUUCGUUAUUACCAUUCACCCACCAACACUGUUCAUAUGUAUCCACCGGAAAUGGCUCCUUCAUCUGUGCCUCCUUCCACCCCUCCAACUCGUAAAGCCAAGCCACAGAUUCCUGCUGAGCGGGACAGAGAACCAUCCAAACUGAAACGCUCCUACUCCUCUCCAGAUAUAACCCAGGCUGUUCAAGAGGAAGAGAAAAGGAAGCUAACAUUAACUCCAACAGUAAAUCGAGAAAACAAGCCAAUAUGCUACCCUAAAGCUGAGAUCUCAAGGCUUUCUGCUUCUCAGAUUCGGAACCUCAAUCCUGUGUUUGGAGGAUCUGGACCAGCACUCACUGGGCUUCGUAAUUUAGGGAAUACUUGUUACAUGAACUCAAUAUUGCAGUGCCUAUGUAAUGCUCCACACUUGGCUGAUUAUUUCAACCGAAACUUUUAUCAGGAUGAUAUUAACAGGUCCAAUUUGUUGGGACAUAAAGGUGAAGUGGCAGAAGAAUUUGGAAUAAUCAUGAAAGCCCUAUGGACAGGACAGUACAGGUAUAUUAGUCCAAAAGACUUUAAAAUCACCAUUGGGAAGAUCAAUGACCAAUUUGCAGGAUACAGCCAGCAAGAUUCACAAGAACUGCUUCUGUUUCUAAUGGAUGGUCUCCAUGAAGACCUAAAUAAAGCUGAUAAUCGGAAGCGGCAUAAAGAAGAAAAUAAUGAUCAUCUUGAUGACUUUAAAGCAGCAGAAUAUGCUUGGCAAAAACACAAGCAGCUCAAUGAAUCUAUUAUUGUUGCACUUUUUCAGGGUCAGUUCAAGUCCACAGUACAGUGCCUCACAUGUCAUAAAAAGUCUAGAACAUUUGAGGCCUUUAUGUAUUUGUCUCUGCCACUAGCAUCCACAAGUAAAUGUACACUACAGGAUUGCCUUAGAUUAUUCUCCAAAGAAGAAAAACUCACAGAUAACAACAGAUUUUACUGCAGUCAUUGCAGAGCCCGACGGGAUUCUCUGAAAAAGAUAGAAAUAUGGAAGUUGCCACCUGUGCUUUUAGUGCAUCUAAAACGUUUUUCCUAUGAUGGGAGGUGGAAACAGAAAUUACAGACAUCCGUGGACUUUCCAUUAGAGAAUCUCGAUUUGUCACAAUAUGUUAUUGGUCCAAGGAACAAUUUGAAGAGAUAUAAUUUGUUUUCUGUUUCAAAUCACUACGGCGGUCUGGAUGGAGGCCACUACACUGCCUAUUGUAAAAAUGCAGCAAGACAGCGGUGGUUUAAGUUUGAUGAUCAUGAAGUUUCUGACAUCUCCGUCUCUUCUGUGAAAUCUUCAGCAGCUUAUAUUCUCUUUUAUACUUCAUUGGGACCACGAGCAACUGAUGUAGCCACAUAA